AUGGACCGCCACGACAUCAUGGCAGAGCAGCGGGCCAUCGAUCCCCAGCAAGAGCCACAACAGCUGGUAGAAACGGCCCUUCAGAACUCAGUCCUCCCGGUGGAACGUCCUCUUUCUCUCUUUGAGCGCGUGAUCACCACCAAUGCUCCCAUUAUAGAAUCCCUAUUACUCCAAAUUCCGACCGACACCAUUAUCAAGCUCUACCACACCUCACACUACCUUCGCACAUUCCUUCGCUCAUAUCCGAUCGCAUGGAGGUCUCUCUCAUUUCGUCUACUCUACCCAUCCGGCAGUUUGCCGGCCAGCCGGAUUGUCAUUCCGGGCAUGUCGGAUUUCGAAACGCAACGUCAAUCCCGCCCAUACGCCCUGGACCAGCUGUUAAUGCAUGUGGUAAUCCCAUUCAGCGGGUGCCUGCGGAGCUUGGAGCUGGAUAACACGGCCGUCUCAGGUCAGAUUUUGAUUUCGACGGUGUUGCAUGCGCGCAGAGAACACUUAGAGCAUCUUUCUGUUCGCGGCUGCAAGAAUGUCUCUCUCAAGUAUCACAUCAUCCCUUAUCUGACGAUGUUCGGACUGCAAUAUGACGUGGACAUGGAACGGAAUGUCGGCAGCUCCCCGGCGACGAAACGGUUAGCGCUCAAGAGUCUUUACGCAUAUCGAUGCCGCCAUCAUCGUCGCCGGCCUUAUCUCACUGCGUCGCUGUUGCGCAAGGAUUCCGACUCAGAGCCUACUCAUGAACUUGUCAACCUUUGCCACAAACUGGGGAUUUGGACGGAUACCGCGUGGUGUACAACGCCUGCUGGCAGGUGUUUUCGCAGGCGCGGAUAUGUCUCCAUGCGAGUUCCGCAAGGUUCCCCUGAAGUCUGGGUGGUAUUUGAUCGACUUUGGAGAUGCAAGAACUGGAUCGGGCCAGUUGAUUCAUCUAUACAUCGCCCGCAUGUAGAUGAUGGGAAGCUCUGGGAGAAUUGCGAUACGGGAUGCAACGGAGAGGCGAUUGGCACAGGCGAAGGGCCUGACUUGGGCGAGGGUAAGAUGACUCCUGCACAUCUUCGUCGAAGCCAUACUCAAUUCGUGCACAAUGUAAAAUGCGAUGGCUGCCUGGAGGAUAUCUCAGAGAGAUGUGAGCAAUGCAGUAUUCUGAUGCACUGCGUGGGGUGCCGCAGAACCCUGUGUGCCAGUUGCGCUUACGAGCGGCCCUACCUUCACCGUACAAACUCCGGCGCAUCUGCCGCGCAUCAUCAUGAACGCGACCUGCAAACUCCCAACUCCUUCUGGUGGGCCCCUGGGGCUACACUUUCACCUAGCUCGAUGCAGGACCCCAUCGCAAAUCCUCUUGAAAACACUCCCUUCCAUGGAGGAGCACCGGCAUCACAUCCUGCUCUAAAGUUUCACUGGUGCUGCACGGAACCUAUCUUUUCUGGAGGUGGGGGCAUCAGCAUUGGCACUCCCAGUCGGGACGUGGACCAAGUGCGCGCUGUUCCUUUGCCUCGUAACCGAGGUUGGGAGGACCUCGAGUACACCGUUAGCGAGUGGAGCAAGACAUUCCCAAAGUACGCUUACGGUGAUCCUAGCAAACCGGAUUAUUCUCUUGAGACUGGGCACCUCGCCAUGAUGAAGUGGUUGCUAGGGCCACCUAAUCGGCAAGUCUCACCAUGUCCCCGGAACUUGUGCCAGGAUUGCUACGACUCGCCACAGUGGAAGGUGCAUUGCAAAAGCUGCUCCAAGCCACUUUGUAUCGAGCAUGACCUCCGUGGUCUCCGUCUGCGUAUCUGUGGCUACCGAGACCUCGCAUUUGAGAAAAUGACCAUCCAAAACCGAUCGGCGGUCAGCCCUCCAUCCCCUGAUGCGUCAUUCAAUCAAGUUUCGGGAUUUGACCUUCCCUUUCGCACUCAGCGCCUGAUCGACUCCACCAACAGUAGUUUCAUCGAGGACCAACAGGGUGACAUGAUCAUAGAUGACAAUCUAUCCGACCCGCCCAUCGGCGAUCCGUCUCUUUUUCCUCGAAAUCCUACUCGCUCGUUCUCCGCACCACCGUCAAACCAUUCCGGGUCAUCCUCCCCCUCAUCUUCGUAUUUUGAGUCCGCAUUUGAGGCCUCGCGGUGGCAAGGCUGUCAGUCCUUCUUCUGCCCGCAGUACCGUUCCCAUGGGGAUCAGCGACAGCGGUGCUCAAGCUCACUCCGAGAAUGCAAGGCCUGUGCAGUGUAUGUCUGCCAAGACUGCGUAACAGCCAACCCUCCCUGCAAGUGCACCUACUGCGAAGAGAACUAUCUGUGCCCAAACUGCAUGAAAGUCCGUGCUCGUGAUGGCGCUUGCCGCCGUCGAGAGGAGGAGAAAGCCCGCAGAGAGCGCAAGUGGAAAAGGGACAUGCAGGUGCUAGAGGGCAUUUUGGAACUCAAAGUGGCCAAUGAAGUGGCCGAGUAUGCCGGUCAGUUCUUCGACUGUAUCGAGCAUGGUCCGGAUGAUGGGAUUCCUGUCACACCCAUCGAAAAUCACGAGUCCGAUAAUAUCUUGCCUAGCGGUUCUCUAGAACCGCCUGCGGACUCGGACGUCGAAGUGGGAUCCUCCCUAUUCGUUGCCGGGACCAAUUAUAUCACGCCACUUUACGAGUUCGAAUAA